GUCCCUAUAGCUUUCCGUAGUCGUGCUAGGGCUAGGGAGGCCUCGCCACAUCUUUUAGCGAGCAGCGAUAAAUAAAUCGUCCUAAAAUGAUGCUUAUAUUCUUUCGGUCAGAAUCGUUACAGUACAGGUAAACAGAAAGGAAUAUAUAGAUUUGGCGUUUACAGUUAAAUUUCGCAUAGGCUUGUCUAACGGGUCUAGUCCGUUGUUAAUAAUCUCGGAGUGCUUGUCACGGUCCGUCUGUAUAAACAGUGAGUGUUUACUGCUAAUAAUAAUACAGGCUUCGUUUUGGGAAGCUGUAGAAAUGUACGAGUGUUGUCUUUUUUGUGGUCAAAUGAGCUUGCUGGAAGGAAAUCCCACCAUGGUUUCGGUAUGCUCUUGUUGAAUGCGAGGCGAAGCGCCGUUUUCCUUGUUCCUAUCCACUUUUAAUGUCCGUGAGGAUCGUACAGAUAAGCUAGCGUUAGCUAAUUUGGUGGCGAUAGGCUGUGGUUGGGAACAUGGAUGAGAGCGGAGAAAAGAUCGAAACGGACGACAUCGUCAUCAUUGUGGAAAAUGAGGCGGAGAGCAAGCCGAUCCAGGAGGCGAACGAGAAGGAGGAGGGCAGCCAGAGUCUGCUGGACAUCUGUCCCCUGUGUAAGCUCAGCUUCCACAGCAGGGAGCCCAAACUCCUGCCUUGCCUCCACUCCUUCUGUAAAAGGUGCCUGCCUUCACCGUCGAGGAACCUGUUAUAUGGCGAGCAGGGGACCAACCUCCAGAUGCCAGCUGAGGGCCAAACCAAGCCCCUGAACGUGAUCAGAUGUCCAGUUUGUCAUCAGGAGUGCAUGGAAGUUGAAGUCUUGGACAACUUCUUUGCCAAAGAUACAAUGGAGGUGCCCAGCAGCACAGUAGAGAAGACCAGUCAGCUAUGUGUGAGCUGCGAUGACAACACAGAGGCGACUGGUUUCUGUGUGGAAUGUGUGGAGUUUCUUUGUGUCACCUGCAUUGAGGCUCAUCAACGUGUGAAGUUCACCAGGGAUCAUAAUAUCAGGCAGAUUGAAGAAAUGUCUUCAGAGGCAAUGGGUGCUUCCACACAGAAGCCUGUUUUCUGUGAUAUCCACAAGCAAGAGCCUUUGAAGCUGUUUUGUGAAACUUGUGACCGCCUCACCUGCAGAGACUGCCAGCUGCUUAAACACAAGGACCACAAUUAUCAGUUUCUGGAGGAUGCAUAUAGGAACCACAGGGAACACUUGGAAAAAAUGACUAGCCAGCUUCAAGAAAAAAGGAAAGCCAUUGGGGAAGUGUCAGACGCCAUAAACAGCGGUCUUCAGCAAGUGGAUGAAAACCGCAAAGCUGUUGCCAAUGAAAUUAAAAAAGCUAUCUGCAAUCUGAUCAUGGAAAUAAACAGAAAAGGGAAGAUCUUAAUCAACCAGCUUGAGGCACUGACAAAAGAUCAUGAAACGGUCCUGAAGAAACAGCAAGAAGACAUCUCCUCCCUCACCAAACAUCUCGAUCAUGUAAUCAACUUCACAAAAUGGGCAACAGCCAGUAAUAGUGGCACUGCACUGCUGUACUGUAAACGGCUGAUCAUGUAUCAAAUCCAAUACCUCAUGCGGGCAAAGUGCAACACUUCUUAUGUUCCUCAGAGUUCAGUUCGCUUCCAGUGUCGAUCUGCGUUUUGGGCUUCAAAUGUCGACCUUGGUUCUCUAAUGGUAGAGAAAACCUCCCGCCAGCCAAGUGGUCCACAACCAUUCCCUUUCCAGCAAAUGCACCCUGGUCCCAGACCUGAGGGGCCUCCAGGACCCUUCCCAGGGCCACAGUCUCAGCAGCAGGAGAGGCAGAGCACGCUUGCUCAGCUUCAGAUGCAGGUGGAGAAGCUCGCCCAGCACCCAAACCGCCACAUGUCACCCAAUCACUGGUCGUGUUGUAUGCGACCCCCGGGCCAGCAGCCUCCUAGCAGACCAAUGCAGGGAGGCUCUCCUUCACAAACACUGCUGCCUAAUAUGUCUCAACAGGGCUGGAGGUACGGCGCCCCACAUAUGAAUAGAGCGAGUCCUCCAACUUUGCUCCAGAACUCGGGCCUCCCCCAGCAGACUUUGAGGGGCCUUAUCACCAAUUCUAGUUUCCCUCCCAAACCCAUGGACGUGCUGCAGGGAACAUCUCGUUAUUCCCAGAAUGUACCUGUUUCGGUUUCUGGCCCUCACCAGUCACAGGCCUCUCUCCUUCAGGUAGGAAGGGCAUCCACUCUUCAGCGAAACAUGAUGGAAGCUUCAUACCUCAGCAGGAGGAAUGAGCCUGGUGGCCCGUCCAUUUCUGCUCCUAGACCCAGUUAUCCUCCCAAUGUUCUCCCCACAGCCACCGACAGAGCCGCUCCAGGAAAACAGAUAUCUCCCAUGUCUGCUGCUACCUCCUCAGAAGUGAAGACAGGGACUAGUUCCUGGAAGCGUUCUGAGCCUCCACAGACUGGGUCAUCAAGCCUCACUGCUAAGAGAAGGCGAAAAUCAUCCCCAGGCCCUGUCAUUGUCAUCAAGGAUGAGCCAGAGGAUGAUGAUGAAGUUCACUUUGUCAAAACCACUUCAAAAGCCAGUCUUCCAGACAGCACGGGUGUGCAGUCACAAACACCACAGCAGGAGUCUCCUCCGGGAGGGGAGCAGCAGACAGAUAGGACCCCUGAGCCAGAGGAGGACCCUAAUGAGGACUGGUGCGCUGUGUGCCAGAAUGGAGGAGAGCUGCUUUGCUGUGACAAAUGUCCCAAAGUCUUCCAUCUCAGCUGUCAUAUUCCUAGUCUUUCUGCAUCUCCUAGUGGUGAGUGGUACUGCACGUUCUGUCGUGACCUUAACUCUCCUGAAAUGGAGUAUGAUGUUGAAUGCAGUGGGGAUUUGAAAAAUGUGAAGCAGGAUCCUGAUUCAGAUACCUUCACAGCUAUGGAUAGACGAAAAUGUGAGAGACUGUUACUCCGAAUCUUCUGCAAUGAACUCAGUACUGAUUUCCAGGAGCCUGUAACACCGUCAUCCAUGCCAGAGUAUAAUGAGAUUAUAAAAACACCAAUGGACCUGUCAAUGGUAAGGAGCAAACUGGAGUGCAAACAGAACCCUGGCUACAGGAGCACUGAGGACUUUGUGGCAGAUGUGAGACUUAUUUUCAAAAACUGUGCCAUUUUCCACAAGGAGGACACGGAGAUGUCCAGUGUAGGUGCUAAUCUUGAGAGCUUUUUUGAGGAGCAGCUGAAGCUCCUGUAUCCAGACCGGACCUUCCCUGAUGUGAAGGAGGAGAAAGCUGCUGUAGAACCAGAACCUCCACAGACAGUUCCAGAACCAUCACCAAAAUCAACCUUGCCAGAUGCCCCUGCAGCAGAGGAGACUGUGGAACCCCCCAGUGAAGCUCCUUCUGAGGCAGAACCCCAGAGUGAAGAACAGCCUGUGGAGAACAGCGAGAGCUCAGAGAAACCACAGGAGAACUCCACCAACCCUGAGAAUGCAACUGAAGAGAAAAAGGACAGUAAAGAUCAAGAGGGCUGAUCAGCCCGUCUGAAAAAGCGAAAUCCUGAGUGUCUGAAAAAGCAAAAUCCUGAGAGAUGUGUGUUCUCUCUCUCUCUCUCUCUCUCUCUCUCUCUCUCUCUCUCUCUCUCUCUCUCUCUUACUCUCUCUC